AUGGGAUUCUGGCGUCCUGGGUGGCAGCUAUAUCCGCUGUAGCCCGUGUUCUUUUUAAAUUCCCUUUUGCAAUCGAGGUGUCAGAGGUCGUCGAGUACAUCAGGGGACUGGGAGUACUCGUCCAGCCUUGUGUGGGGACGCUGUGAUGUGAUGAAUGCAGCCCGAGGUGUGGCCUUUAUGAGACAGGGGAGCUGCAUGUCAGCCUGUCUCCUGCUAACCAGCCUUUGAAGUUGGCUCUUUGGGGAUUGCAUUCAAACAGGCAUACACUGGUGAAAUUGAUGUCAUUCUUCCAUGUUCUGGAACACUUGGCAUAACGGGAAUGGUCAGCCUGCUGGCGUGGUUCAACUUCGAGGUGGGAGAUUCCGGAUGGGAACAAACACUCGAGGUCACAAAGCUGGUGAAGCUCCUGUCCAGGAAGUGUCCGUGAGCCCUUUUGCCAUCGACAUAGUUCCUGUCACUAACAAAGAUUUCAGGGAGUUUGUAAGGAGCACGAAGUUCCGGACAGAAGCGGAGAGUUUUGGGUGGAGCUUUGUCUUUGAGGACUUGGUCUCCCAGGAGCUCAAAAAAAAGACCACCAGGCGGGUGAAGAAUCUUCUCUGGUGGCUUCCUGUGGAGGGGGCAUUUUGGAGGCAGCCUGCAGGUCCCGGCUCUGGCAUCAAAGAGAAAUUGGAGUUCCCUGUGCUUCACGUGAGCUGGAACGACGCUCGUGCCUACUGCGCUUGGCGAGGGAAACGGCUGCCGACGGAGGAAGAGUGGGAGUUUGCUGCUCGAGGGGGUCUGAAGGGCCGGAUUUACCCAUGGGGGAACAAAUUCCAGCCAAACCGCACCAAUCUGUGGCAGGGAAAGUUCCCUACAGGUGACACAGCUGAGGACGGCUUCCCCGGAGUCUCCCCUGUGAAGGCGUUCCCCCCACAGAAUGACUACGGGCUGUAUGACCUCGUGGGCAAUGUGUGGGAGUGGACAGCAUCCACAUACCCGGCUGCUCACGAGGACAUGCGUGUGCUCCGGGGGGCGUCCUGGAUUGACACGGCCGAUGGCUCCGCCAAUCACCGGGCCCGGAUCACCACCAGGAUGGGCAACACUCCAGAUUCAUCCUCGGAUAACCUCGGCUUCCGCUGUGCUGCCAAUGCCGGCCGGAUCCCGGGAGAGCUGUGAGCAGCCAUGCCAAAGAACCGGAAGGAAGUCCCCCCAGGAUACCUGUGUCAUUCAUUCAUCACACAGCCACGCGCCAGGACUUCUG